GCGCGGCGCUGUGUGGACACGCUGCUAAGCUAAGGCUAAUGGAGGUAUUACCUGGGUGUUGUUGGUGUUGACGGUGUUUUUAUGGCAGGAUGAGUGAUGAAGCUCCCGGCGGUGAUGGAGAGAAUCCGCGCCCGCGUUCCGUUCACUGUGUCCGGAUCCUCUGAGCCCGUGAAACUGCGGGCACGGAAAUCUAAACUCUACAGUAAAAACCCUACAGGACUCAAAGAGCACGGUUUCUUCGGGCUCAGUGUAACGGUGAUCUCAGUGAUCUUUCGCCUUGUUAACUGCCUCCUGGUCCAGACCAGUUUCGUCCCAGAUGAAUUCUGGCAGUCACUUGAAGUCUCCCAUCGUAUGGUCUUCAAGUAUGGCUACGAAACCUGGGAGUGGAAAGAGGGUAUCCGCGGUUACUCCUACCCACUGCUCUUCUCUGUAAUAUAUAAGAUACUGUACCUGCUGAGUUAUGAUACGGUUCAGCUGUUGAUCCUGCUCCCUCGAGUCCUGCAGGCCAUUCUCGCAGCGUUUGCUGAUGCAAAGCUUUACUACCUCAUUCUGAAGUUGGAGAAUCCAGAAGUGGCCAAAUGGACAUACUUCUGCCAGCUGUGUUCAUGGUUCACCUGGUACUGCUGCACCCGCACUCUCACCAACAGCAUGGAAACCUCGCUCACUGUGCUGGCUCUCUGCUACUUCCCUCUGCAUGGCACCAAAACACAAAACAGCUGGAAGUACCUCUCGUUGGUGUCCUUGGCAGUUAUCAUUCGCCCAACGGCUUUAAUCGUAUGGCUUCCUCUGUUGCUUCAUCACCUUUGGCGUGAAGAGAACAAGCUGAGGCUCAUCACUCAGCAGGGCCUUCCUGUUGCGGCUAUAACACUGCUGUUGUCUACGCUUAUAGACUGCAUAUUCUAUGGAAAGUGGAUCUUCGUUCAGUGGAACUUUCUGAAGUUUAACAUAGUGCACAAUGUGGCAGAGUUUUACGGGACGCACCCCUGGCACUGGUACUUUACACAGGGGUUUGUGGUCAUCAUCGGCCCUCACCUCCCCCUCUUCCUGCAUGGAUGCACACUGGCCUCCAAGAGGCACCGGGUGCUGCUUAUAAGCAUCGUGUGGACACUCCUGGUUUACAGCUUUCUUGCCCAUAAAGAGUUCCGUUUCAUUUACCCUGUGCUUCCAUUUUGCAUGAUAUUUUGUGGUAUGUCUUUGGUGAAGCUGCGCAGCUGGAGGAAGACUGCUGCAGGCGCUUUAGUGGUGAUGAACUUAAUUCCAGCUUUAUAUACGGGUCUGGUCCACCAGCGUGGAGUCCUGGAUGUUAUGGGUCACCUGCAGCACCUGUGUGACAUCACUGACUCUCAGGACUCACCUGCGCCUGAGGUUCUGUUCCUCAUGCCCUGCCACUCCACCCCGCUGUACAGUCACCUUCACUGUCCAAUCAAACUGCGCUUCCUGGAAUGUCCCCCGGAUCUCACAGGAAGUGAGAAUUAUGUAGAGGAAGCAGCCGUGUUCUACUCUGACCCCCUCCAGUGGCUCAGGAUGGCAUUCCCCUACAAGUCCACACUGCCCUCACACGUGGUCUUAUUCGAUUCACUCGAGAAGGAAAUUUCAGCUUUCCUGGAUGGAAACAGGUUUGUGAAACAAGCUGAAGUAUUUCACACUCAUUUUCCCGAAGGACGAGUGGGGAAGAAGAUUUUGAUAUACGGACAAUAACUGAAGACCUCACAGAAUCAGAGCUCAGGCUAACUUUACGUUUUUAUUUUUUUAACAAACACUAAUGUGAGCAGCUUUUCUAAUUAAAAACUGAUUUUGUAAAA